UGUUUGGUUGGGCUUUUUUUUGGUUAAGUGUUUUGGAUAGCAAUAUAGCGUGGUAGGCUAUUUCAAGAAUGCUGUUUUUAAUUUAAAUAAAUAAUCAUAAUGACAGGCAUUUUUAGUUUUAAAAAAUGGCAAGUCGGAAAGGUGAGUUUUCUUCUAUCAAAUGUAAUGUGGUUAAUUUCUAAAUAUCUUCCACAUCCUGUUUUCCCCAAAUGAUUGCUUUCAAUUCAGUAGAUUUCUUUAACAUUUAAUAUAAUAUAUAACUUGGAAGGUGAUACAAAAUGUAAAUCUUUAUCCUGCCAUUGAGUAGUUUAAAACCUAUUUAGAAGAUAUGAAGAGAGAAAGCCAGUAUCAAAUGAGGAAGGAUAGGACUAACAGCAAAACACUAUAUAUAUAUAUAAAGUUUUAGAGGAAACUUAAUGGGGUGAAUAAAGUUUAAUCAAUAACAGUCCAAAACAAAGUCUUGAUGUUUAUCAUAAUUGGGCUUCAUAAAAACCUACUGUGCAUUUGCUGUGCUCAUCUCAGUGGAAACAACUUCUUUCAAAAAUCUGUAAUAUGGUUUCAGAGAUGGUAUGUAUGUUUUUGAAAGCCAUUCUGAAUUAUUUUUUUAUAAAGCUGGGGGAAACGUUUUCAAAAUAUUAAAAAUUAAAAAGAAUUAUAAGUAAAUCAAAAUGUUUGCUCUACUGCGGCACAAUCCUGAAUAAUGGAAAACUGUAGCUACUUUGUAAAAUUCAAGAUAUCUAUACCAUUGUAAAAUGAGCCAUUUUGAUGGAUGUGUUUCUGAUGAAGUUUAAAUGCUGAAAGGAUGGCCAGUUGUUUUCUGUAAAUGAUCAUGAAAAAGAUAAUGUAUGUCAGCUGAGGAGAUGACCCUUGGUUUAAACAAUUAUGAAAAUAAUUUCUACCUAUUAUGCUGGUAAAGUGAGAUCAUUAACAGAUUUGGUGUUCCGUGUGACUAGAAAGACAGAAGGGGAAAAAAAUUAAAGGACUCAAAGGCAUUUACUGAGUAAUGCCAAAAUUCUCAAUGUAGAGACAUUUUACACAGCAGGAACUUAAGUCCAUGUGUAGAGCAGGCCGCUCACAUGGUGAAAAACAAAACAACACCGCCCCCUCCCCUGCUCUGUCUCAGCUCACCCCCCUCACUCCAUUGACAUGCAUAGCUGGCCUGGUAGGUGUAAAAAUAGACUGGCAGAGCCUGAAUUGGAAAUGGUCACUGAAUGCAGCCUGCAGUUGCUGGGGUUUUGAGUUCUCUCUGACACCAGCAAGCCAGCCAGCAGAUGGGGAGAACUGGUGAGGGGCGUGUAGGGGAAUUGAGCAGAGGAGCCAAGGAUCGUCUGGAUGCAUUGUCCACAGUAGUGCCCCCCUGGGAGCCCUGGACAGAGCACAGAGGGCAAGCACAGGCCCAGUGACAGCAGGAACUGUAGAACUGAGAUGGGUAAUGCCGCUCUCUGCCCGUCCUGUCAUGCGGAUAAGAGCGUAAGAGCACAAGGACACAUGCAGGAAUUGGAUAAAACCCCAGACUACUAUGGCUGUAACAGCGAGGACACCAGAGAACUUGGGGUGUGGUCUGACAGCAAUGCGAGCUUUCUCCGUGCUGCCAGAGCAGGCAACCUGGACAAAGUAGUGGAAUAUCUGAAGGGGGGCAUAGACAUCAAUACCUGCAAUCAGAAUGGACUCAAUGCUCUCCACCUGGCUGCCAAGGAGGGCCACGUGGGCCUGGUUCAGGAGCUGCUGGGAAGAGGGUCCUCUGUGGAUUCUGCCACUAAGAAGGGAAACACUGCUCUUCACAUUGCAUCUUUGGCAGGACAAGCAGAAGUUGUCAAAGUUCUUGUUAAGGAAGGAGCCAAUAUUAAUGCCCAGUCUCAGAAUGGCUUCACUCCUUUAUACAUGGCUGCCCAGGAGAACCACAUUGAUGUUGUAAAAUAUCUGCUUGAAAAUGGAGCUAAUCAGAGCACUGCUACUGAGGAUGGCUUCACGCCACUCGCGGUGGCACUCCAGCAAGGACACAACCAGGCAGUGGCCAUCCUCUUAGAGAAUGAUACCAAAGGGAAAGUGAGGCUGCCAGCUCUGCAUAUUGCAGCUAGGAAAGAUGACACCAAAUCCGCUGCACUCCUGCUUCAGAACGAUCACAAUGCUGACGUACAAUCCAAGAUGAUGGUGAAUAGGACAACUGAGAGUGGUUUUACCCCUUUGCACAUUGCCGCCCACUAUGGAAAUGUUAACGUGGCAACUCUUCUUCUAAACCGGGGAGCUGCUGUGGACUUUACAGCUAGGAACGGAAUCACUCCUCUGCAUGUGGCUUCCAAAAGGGGAAACACAAACAUGGUGAAGCUCUUACUGGAUCGUGGUGGUCAGAUCGAUGCCAAAACUAGGGAUGGGUUGACACCCCUUCAUUGUGCUGCAAGAAGUGGGCAUGACCAAGUGGUAGAGCUUCUGCUGGAACGGGGUGCUCCCUUGCUGGCAAGGACUAAGAAUGGGCUGUCUCCACUUCAUAUGGCUGCACAGGGGGACCACGUGGAAUGUGUGAAGCACCUGUUACAGCACAAGGCGCCCGUUGAUGAUGUCACCCUAGAUUACCUGACAGCCCUCCACGUUGCUGCACACUGUGGCCACUACCGCGUGACCAAACUCCUUCUGGACAAGAGAGCCAAUCCAAACGCCAGAGCCCUGAAUGGUUUUACUCCACUGCACAUUGCCUGCAAGAAAAACCGCAUCAAAGUCAUGGAACUGCUGGUGAAAUAUGGGGCUUCAAUCCAAGCUAUCACAGAGUCUGGCCUCACACCAAUACAUGUGGCUGCCUUCAUGGGCCACUUGAACAUUGUCCUCCUUCUGCUGCAGAACGGAGCCUCUCCAGAUGUCACUAACAUUCGUGGGGAGACUGCAUUGCACAUGGCAGCCCGGGCAGGGCAGGUCGAAGUGGUCCGAUGCCUACUGAGAAAUGGUGCCCUUGUCGACGCCAGAGCCAGGGAGGAACAGACACCUUUGCACAUUGCCUCUCGCCUGGGUAAGACAGAAAUUGUCCAGCUGCUUCUACAACAUAUGGCUCAUCCAGAUGCAGCCACGACAAAUGGGUACACGCCAUUGCACAUCUCUGCCAGGGAAGGCCAGGUAGAUGUGGCAUCAGUCCUCUUGGAAGCAGGAGCAGCCCACUCCUUAGCUACCAAGAAGGGUUUUACUCCCCUGCAUGUAGCAGCCAAGUAUGGAAGUCUGGAUGUGGCAAAACUCCUCUUACAACGCCGCGCUGCCGCAGAUUCUGCCGGGAAGAACGGCCUUACCCCGCUCCACGUUGCUGCUCAUUAUGACAACCAGAAGGUAGCACUGCUGUUACUGGAGAAGGGCGCUUCCCCGCAUGCCACGGCCAAGAAUGGCUAUACUCCUUUACAUAUUGCUGCCAAGAAGAAUCAAAUGCAGAUAGCUUCCACGCUCCUGAACUAUGGAGCAGAGACUAACAUUGUAACAAAACAAGGAGUAACCCCACUCCACCUGGCUUCACAGGAGGGGCACACAGAUAUGGUCACCUUGCUUCUGGAUAAGGGAGCCAAUAUCCACAUGUCAACCAAGAGUGGACUCACGUCUUUACACCUCGCAGCCCAGGAAGAUAAAGUGAAUGUUGCUGACAUUCUUACUAAGCACGGGGCUGACCAGGAUGCUCACACGAAGCUUGGUUACACCCCUUUAAUUGUGGCCUGUCACUAUGGAAAUGUGAAAAUGGUCAACUUUCUUCUGAAGCAGGGUGCAAACGUCAACGCAAAAACCAAGAACGGCUACACGCCUUUGCACCAGGCCGCCCAGCAGGGCCACACGCACAUCAUCAACGUCCUGCUGCAGCACGGGGCCAAGCCCAACGCCACCACCGCGAAUGGCAACACCGCCUUGGCGAUUGCUAAGCGCCUGGGCUACAUCUCCGUGGUCGACACCCUGAAGGUUGUAACGGAGGAGGUCACCACCACCACCACGACUAUCACUGAAAAACACAAGCUAAAUGUUCCUGAGACGAUGACUGAGGUUCUUGAUGUUUCUGAUGAAGAAGCCUUUAAACAGUUCGGUGACAACUUUACUGAUGGGGAAGCACUUAGUGAUUCAGGUGAUGACACAAUGACAGGCGAUGGGGGAGAAUACCUUAGGCCUGAGGAUCUGAAAGAACUGGGUGAUGACUCGCUACCCAGCAGUCAGUUCCUGGAUGGUAUGAAUUACCUGCGAUACAGCUUGGAGGGAGCACGAUCUGACAGCCUCCGAUCCUUCAGUUCCGACAGGUCUCACACCCUGAGCCAUGCCUCUUACCUGAGGGACAGUGCCAUGAUUGACGACACAGUUGUCAUCCCCAGCCACCAGGUGUCAACUCUAGCCAAGGAGGCAGAAAGGAAUUCUUACCGUCUCAGCUGGGGCACUGAGAACUUAGACAACGUGGCUCUUUCUUCCAGCCCUAUUCAUUCAGGCCGCUCCUCUCCAUGUCUUGGUCGUGACAACAGCAGUUUCCUGGUUAGUUUUAUGGUGGAUGCUCGAGGUGGCGCUAUGCGAGGAUGCAGACACAAUGGGCUCCGUAUCAUUAUUCCACCUCGGAAAUGUACGGCCCCAACUCGAGUCACCUGCCGCCUGGUCAAACGCCAUAGACUGGCAACAAUGCCUCCAAUGGUGGAAGGAGAAGGCCUGGCCAGUCGCCUGAUCGAAGUCGGACCUUCUGGUGCUCAGUUCCUUGGUAAACUUCACCUGCCAACGGCCCCUCCCCCACUUAAUGAGGGAGAAAGUUUGGUCAGCCGCAUCCUUCAGCUGGGGCCUCCUGGAACCAAAUUCCUUGGGCCCGUGAUCGUGGAGAUCCCUCAUUUUGCUGCCCUUCGAGGAAAGGAGCGGGAACUGGUGGUCCUACGCAGUGAGAACGGGGACAGCUGGAAAGAGCAUUACUGUGAAUACACUGAAGACGAGUUGAAUGAAAUUCUUAAUGGCAUGGAUGAAGUGCUGGAUAGCCCGGAAGACCUAGAAAAGAAGCGAAUCUGCCGCAUCAUCACCCGUGACUUCCCACAGUACUUUGCAGUGGUGUCUCGCAUCAAACAGGACAGCAACCUGAUUGGCCCAGAGGGAGGCGUGCUGAGCAGCACUGUGGUGCCCCAGGUGCAGGCCGUCUUUCCGGAGGGGGCGCUAACCAAGAGGAUCCGUGUGGGCCUACAGGCUCAACCUAUGCACAAUGAGCUGGUUAAGAAGAUUCUAGGCAACAAAGCUACCUUCAGCCCUAUAGUCACUUUGGAACCUAGAAGAAGAAAAUUCCACAAACCGAUUACCAUGACCAUUCCUGUCCCUAAAGCUUCAAGUGAUGUCAUGUUGAAUGGUUUUGGGGGAGAUGCACCAACCUUGAGAUUACUAUGCAGCAUAACAGGUGGAACCACUCCUGCACAAUGGGAAGAUAUUACAGGAACUACGCCAUUAACAUUUGUCAAUGAAUGUGUUUCCUUUACAACCAAUGUGUCUGCCAGGUUCUGGCUGAUAGAUUGUCGACAAAUCCAGGAAUCUGUUACCUUUGCAUCACAAGUGUAUAGAGAAAUUAUCUGUGUACCAUAUAUGGCCAAAUUUGUUGUGUUUGCCAAAUCACACGACCCCAUUGAAGCCAGGUUGAGAUGUUUCUGCAUGACUGAUGAUAAAGUGGAUAAGACCCUAGAACAACAAGAAAACUUUGCUGAGGUGGCCAGAAGCAGGGAUGUAGAGGUACUAGAAGGAAAACCCAUCUAUGUUGAUUGUUUUGGCAACCUGGUGCCAUUAACCAAGAGUGGCCAACAUCAUAUCUUCAGUUUUUUUGCCUUCAAAGAAAACCGACUUCCUCUCUUUGUCAAGGUACGUGACACGACUCAGGAACCUUGCGGGCGACUAUCGUUUAUGAAAGAGCCAAAAUCCACAAGAGGCCUGGUGCAUCAAGCUAUUUGCAACUUAAACAUCACCCUGCCGAUUUAUACAAAGGAAUCAGAGUCAGAUCAAGAACAGGAAGAAGAGAUCGAUAUGACAUCAGAAAAAAAUGAUGAGACAGAAUCUACAGAAACAUCUGUCCUGAAAAGUCACCUGGUUAAUGAAGUUCCUGUCCUAGCCAGUCCGGACUUGCUCUCUGAAGUUUCUGAGAUGAAACAAGAUUUGAUCAAAAUGACCGCCAUCUUGACCACAGAUGUAUCUGAUAGGGCAGGUUCUAUCAAGGUGAAGGAGCUGGUGAAGGCUGCUGAGGAAGAGCCAGGAGAGCCUUUUGAAAUUGUUGAAAGAGUUAAAGAGGACUUAGAGAAAGUGAAUGAAAUCCUGAGAAGUGGAACCUGCGCGAGAGAUGAAGGCAGUGUGCGAAGGUCUCAGUCGGAGAGAGAAUUAGAGGAAGAGGAAUGGGUGAUUGUCAGUGAUGAGGAAAUAGAGGAGGCUAAGCUAAAAGCACCUUUAGAAAUCACUGAAUACCCAUGUGUAGAAGUUAGAAUAGAUAAAGAACACAACGUCAAAGUAGAGAAAGACUCAACUGGGCUAGUGAACUACCUUACUGAGGAUCUAAAUUCCUAUGUGUCUCCUCAUGAAAGGUCACUGCAGACAGUUCAAGAGAUAGCAGGGGAGAAACGUGAGGCUCUGGCUACUGGCAGGAGCUCUGAAAAUGAAGGGAAAGAUGCAACCCCAGAUGAGACACAAAGUGCACAGAAACAGCACAAACCGAGCCUGGGAAUAAAGAAGCCAGUGAGAAGGAAAUUAAAAGAAAAACAAAAACAAAAAGAGGAAAGUGUACAAGGUAGUGCAGAAAAAAGUGAACUUAAAAAAUGUAGUUCAGAAGAGUCAUUAGAUGAAGAUGCAGGUUUAGCCCCCGAGCCCCUUCCCACUGUAAAGGCCACUUCACCUUUGAUAGAAGAAACUCCCAUUGGUUCCAUAAAGGACAAAGUAAAGGCCCUUCAGAAACGAGUGGAAGAUGAACAAAAAGGUCGAAGCAAGUUGCCAGUCAGAGUCAAAGGUAAGGAAGAUGUGCCAAAAAAGGUAACCCACAGGACACAUCCAGCUGCAUCACCCUCUCAGAAGUCAGAGAGGCAUGUACUGGCAUCACCCUCCUCUAAAACAGAAAGACACUCUUCUCUUUCCUCCUCUACAAAAACUGAGAGGCAUCCUCUGGUAUCACCAUCAAGUAAAGCUGAGAAGCACUCACCUGUGUCCCCCUCUGCAAAAACGGAAAGGCAUUCCCCUGUGUCAUCAAGUAAAACCGAGAAACACUCACCUGUGUCACCCUCGACAAAAACGGAAAGGCACUCCCCUGUGUCAUCUACAAAAACAGAAAGACACCCACCUAUUUCACCUUCAGGUAAAAUGGACAAACGCCCACCUGUAUCGCCCUCUGGGAGAACGGAGAAACAUGCACCAGCAUCACCUGGGAGAACAGAAAAACGCUUGCCUGUGUCACCAGCUGGACGAAUGGAAAAGCAUCCACCUGGAUCAACCUCUGGGAAAACUGAGAAGCACCUGCCUGUGUCGCCUUCUGGGAAAACAGAAAAGCUACCACCUGUAUCCCCCACCUCAAAAACAGAAAGAAUUGAGGAGACAAUGUCUGUCCGGGAGUUGAUGAAAGCUUUCCAGUCAGGUCAGGACCCAUCUAAACAUAAGACUGGACUCUUUGAGCACAAGUCAGCAAAACAAAAGCAGCCACAAGAAAAAGGCAAAGCUCGGGUAGAAAAAGAAAAGGGGCAGAUGCUAAACCACAGAGAAACACAGAAAACUGAGAGUCAGACGAUCAAACGAGGCCAGAGAUUUGUGGUAACAGGAGUUUCCGAAUCCAAAAGAGCAGUCCGUGCUUCCUCCGUAGGGUUUAAGAGAGAAGAUCUAGUUAUAGAGAAGGCGAAAGCUCUUAGCCACAAAACACCUGAACCCGUUCAGUCAGCACCAGAAGAAGAAAGCCAUAAAGAGAGUGAAGUUCCCAAAGAAAAGCUGACUGAUGAACAGGGAGACAUGGAUCUCCAGAUCAGCCCAGACAGGAAAACCUCCACUGACUUUUCUGACGUCAUUAAGCAAGAAUUGGAAGACAAUGACAAAUACCAACAAUUCCGAAUGAGUGAAAAGACAGAAGAAGUACAGCUUCACUUAGAUCAAGUACUUACUAGUCCUUUCAACACAACAUUUCCACUAGAUUACAUGAAAGAUGAAUUUCUCCCGGCUCUGUCUUUACAAAGUGGUGCUUUGGAUGGCAGUUCUGAGAGCCUCAAGCCUGAAGGGGUGGCAGGUUCUCCAUGUGGCAGCCUGAUGGAAGGGACCCCUCAGAUUAGUUCCGAAGAAAGCUAUAAGCAUGAGGGCCUCGCAGAGACCCCUGAGACGAGCCCAGAAAGCCUUUCUUUCUCACCGAAGAAAAGUGAGGAGCAAAUUGGGGAAAUAAGCGGAACGACCAAGUCAGAAACACCAACAGCAGUUCCUUCAGAAAAAGACCAUCCCUCAAUCAAAGACAUCACUGAUGGUUCUGAAGAGCAAGGUGCCAUAGUCACUGAAGGCACGGAGUCCUCAGCUGAGUGUUUGCUGAAGGAGGCCACCCUAGACCCUUCCAAAGAUACAUGCCCCGAGCAAGAAGAUGAUUCCCUUGGCAGCUGUAGUGUGUUACUAGCAAAAGAAACACCCAAAGGAUUGACUGCGGAAGCAUUCUCUGAUGAGGGUCAACUUACGAAAGUUGGUUCAGCCCACAAAACCCACACUGAUACUGAAGCUCAGAAAUCCACAACCACUGAGCCCUCAGAUGAGACAAAGGCUUCUCCACGGCCCGAAGCUUGUGUAAAGACAGGCAUAGGAACUGAAUCAAAGCCCCAGGGAGUUGCUAGAAGUCCCCAGGGGUUAGAACUUGCACUCCCUAGCCGAGAUAGUGAGGUCCUCAGCCCUGGUGCUGAUGAAUCCUUUGCAGUGAGCCACAGAGACUCCCUGGAAGCCAGCCCUGUGCUGGAGGAUAACUCCUCACACAAAACGCCGGAUUCUCUGGAGCCAAGUCCUCUGAAAGAAUCCCCUUGCCGUGACUCUCUUGAAAGCAGCCCUGUGGAACCAAAGAUGAAGGCUGGAGUUCUCCCAAGUCACUUCCCUCUUCCUGCAGCCAUAGCCAAAACAGAACUCUUUACGGAAAUGGCCUCUGUGCGGUCUCGGCUGCUCCGAGACCCGGACGGCAGUGCCGAGGACGACAGUGUUGAGCAGACGUCACUGGUAGAGAGCUCAGGGAAGAGCCCCCUUUCUCCUGACACCCCCAGCUCAGAAGAAAUUAGCUAUGAGGUCACACCCAAAGCCACAGAUGCAAGCACACCCAAACCAGCUGUAAUUCAUGAAUGUGCAGAGGAGGAUGACUUGGAAAAUGGGGAGAAAAGGAGAUUCACACCUGAAGAGGAAAUGUUUAAAAUGGUAACCAAAAUCAAAAUGUUUGACGAACUUGAACAAGAAGCAAAGCAGAAAAGGGACUACAAGAAAGAACCCAAGCAAGAAGAAUCUUCUUCAUCCUCUGACCCAGAUGCUGACUGUUCAGCAGAUGUGGAUGAACCGAAACAGAUGGAGAGUGUCGAGGAUGAAAGCGAUGUCCCUGUGGUAGUAACAUCGGAGAGCAGAAAGGCUUCUUCCUCCUCCGAGAGUGAACCUGAGUUGGCACAGCUGAAAAAAGGUGCUGAUGCAGACCUCUUACCAGAGCCAGUUAUUCGGGUGCAGCCUCCUUCCCCACUUCCAUCCAGCGUAGACUCCAAUUCUAGUCCUGAAGAAGUACAAUUUCAACCCAUUGUUUCCAAACAAUACACUUUCAAAAUGAAUGAAGAUAGUCAAGAAGAGUCAGGUAAAUCAGAAGAAAAAGAUCGUGAAUCCCAUGUACCUGAAGAGAGUCCUACCGUUUCUACUAACGGCCCAGAUAUGUCUUAUGAUGAUCUGAACGGAGAUGCUGAGCAACCAGAAGUCUGUGAAGGCCAUAGGUGUGGGACCGGAAGUCCCAGCAGCUCAGUCACUCCUAUACCUUCAGGUCUCUACAGCUCCCCCAGGGAAGAUGCCAACGAGCAGCUAGCUAUCCAUGAGGAAUCAGUACCUCUGCAAGACACUGAUGAAAAAGACACCAAAGGAGAAGAGCUUGAUGUUUCUCGAGUGGAAUCUCUACAGGUAGAUUGCCCCAGUGAAAGCUCUUCAUCUUUGUCCUCCUUGCCUCACUGUCCAGCCUCUGAAGGACAAGAAUUAGAUGAAGACAUAUCCCCUCUCUCUUCUGCUACAAAAAGGGAGGACACCAAAACCAACCAGGCUUUUGAGAGCUUACCGAAGGACUAUGCCACUCAAGACUCACCGAUUACUACUCAAACAGAUAAAUUGUACAUGGAUGUUCCAGUGUCUGACCCGGCUGAGACUGAUGAAAUCUACGAUCCUCAAAUAAUAAGCCCUUAUGAAAAUGUUCCUUCCCAAUCUUUUUUCUCCAGUGAAGAAAGCAAAACCCAAACGGAUGCAGGACACACAAGUUUUCACUCUUCGGAAGUGUGUUCUGUUACCAUCACAUCCUCUGUUGAAGACGUGGUGGUAACCAGCUCCUCCAAUAGAACUGUUUCAAGCCAAGAAUCUAAUUUUGAGGACCAAAACAUGGAAAAAGAAUCCAAACAAGAAAGCACCUCAUGGGAAAAGCAAUCAGAUCAAGCCCCUUCAUCUUUAGAGCCUUCUGUACCGAAUACAUCAGCAGUUGUUAGUGACCAAAUCAGCAAAGUCAUCAUCACAAAAACUGAUGUGGAUUCGGAUUCCUGGAGUGAAAUCCGUGAGGAUGAUGAAGCCUUUGAAGCUCGAGUGAAAGAGGAAGAACAAAAGAUAUUUGGUUUGAUGGUAGACAGACAAUCACAGGGUACCACCCCUGACACCACUCCGGCAAGGACCCCAACUGAAGAGGGGACCCCAACCAGUGAGCAAAACCCAUUUCUCUUUCAGGAAGGAAAAUUGUUUGAGAUGACCCGAAGUGGUGCCAUCGAUAUGACCAAAAGGUCCUAUGCCGAUGAAAGUUUUCACUUUUUCCAAAUUGGGCAAGAAUCCAGGGAAGAGACUCUCUCUGAAGACAUGAAAGAAGGGAGUCCUGGGGCUGAGCCCCCACAACGGGAGACAUCAGCUGAGUCACUAGCUCUCUCAGAAUCAAAAGAAACAGUGAGUGAGGAAGCAUACUUAAUUCCAGAUGACCUGAGUGAGGAAGCAGAGGAAAUACCUGCUUCAGAUGCUCAACUUAACACCCACAUGGGGAACUCAACCUCCAUUGAAACAUCACCAAAAGAGGCUCUUUCUGAAGGUGCUGAGGACCUCCCCACCACACAAAUGGGUGAUACGCCUCCUAAAUCUAGUGUGAAAGAUCCAUCUUGCCCUGACCCCCCUGAAUCAGUUGUACACAUUCAGUUAGAUUUUUCCGCAGUUACCAGGUCUGUGUAUUCAGAUCGGGAGGAUGAUUCUCCUGAUUCUUCCCCAGAGGAACAGAAAUCAGUAAUUGAAAUCCCUACUGCACCCAUGGAGAAUGUGCCUUCUACUGAAAGCAAAUCCAAAAUUCCUGUAAGGACUAUACCCACAUCAACCCCAGCACCCCUAUCCGUGGAGUAUGAGAGUUCCCUUUCUGAAGAUUUCUUACCCAGCCUGGAUGAGGAAAGUAAAGAGGAUGAAACAAAACCAAAGUCUAAAAUCCCCGUGAAAGCCCCUGUCCAAAGAGUAGAGCAGCAGCUUUCACAUCUAGAUUCAUCUCUCCAGAAAAUAGUGGCUCCUCAGGGUCAGGACAUGACAAGCAGAACACCAGAUAGUGGAAGCAAAUCUGAAUCUGAUGCCAGUGCUUUGGACUCAAAGACCAAAUGUCCAGUAAAAACCAAAAGUUACACUGAGACAGAAACAGAGAGCAGAGAGAGGACAGAGGAGCUGGAGUUAGAAUCAGAAGAGGGGGCCACCAGACCAAAGAUAUUUACAUCCCGAUUGCCAGUUAAGAGCAAAAGCACCACAUCUUCCUGCAAAGGCGCUGUGAGCCCUACAAAAGAAAGUAAGGAGCAUUUCUUUGACCUUUACAGGAACUCCAUAGAAUUCUUUGAGGAGAUUAGUGAUGAGGCUUCCAAGUUAGUGGAUAGACUUACACAGUCAGAAAGGGAGCAAGACUUAGUUUCAGAUGAUGAAAGUAGUAGUGCCCUGGAAGUUUCAGUAAUUGAAAAUCUGCCACCUGUUGAGACCGAGCAUUCAAUUCCUGAGGACAUCUUUGACACAAGGCCUAUUUGGGAUGAGUCCAUUGAGACUCUGAUUGAACGCAUCCCUGAUGAAAAUGGCCAUGACCAUGCUGAAGAUCAACAGGAUGAGCAGGAACGGAUCGAGGAAAGGCUGGCUUAUAUUGCUGAUCAUCUUGGCUUCAGCUGGACAGAAUUAGCAAGAGAACUGGAUUUCACUGAGGAGCAGAUUCAUCAAAUUCGAAUUGAGAACCCUAACUCCCUCCAAGACCAGAGCCAUGCGCUAUUGAAGUACUGGCUAGAAAGGGAUGGCAGGCAAGCUACAGAUACCAAUCUCAUUGAAUGUCUCACCAAGAUCAACCGAAUGGAUAUUGUUCAUCUCAUGGAGGCCAGCACAGAGCCUCUCCAAGAGCGCAUCAGUCAUAGCUAUGCAGAAAUUGAACAGACAAUUGCACUGGAUCAUAGUGAAGGGUUCUCAGUCCUUCAGGAGGAGCUAAGCACUGCACAGCAUAAGCAGAAAGAGGAGCAAGCUGCUUCUAAAGAGAGCGAGUCCUGCGAUCACCCUCCCAUUGUCUCAGAGGAAGACAUUUCUGUUGGUUAUUCCACUUUUCAGGAUUACAUCCCCAAAGCUGAGGGGGACAGCUCAGCAACAGAGCUCUUUCCCCAAACUCACAAGGAGCAAGUUCAACAGGAUUUCUCAGGGAAAAUGCAAGACCGGCCUGAAGAGUCAUCUCUUGAGUGUCAGCAGGAGUACUUUGUGACAACCCCAGGGACGGAAGUGUCAGAGACUCAAAAGGCUACGGCUGUAUCUGGCUCUCCCAGCAAGACCCCUGAGGAAAUUAGGACCCCUCCUGAGGAGGAGAGGCCAUACCUCCAGACCCCAACAUCUAGUGAGCAGGGAGACUCUCCCAUCAUACAAGAACCCGAAGAGCCCCCAGAACACGGGGAGGAGAGUUCUCAGAAAACCAGCCUUGUGAUAGUGGAGUCUGCUGAUGACCAGCCACAGGCCCUUGAAAGACUCGAUGAAGAUGCAGCUUUCCAUAAGGAGCUAACAGAGGAAUUAGGUGAGCUGGAGACCAGCUCAGAUGAGGAGGCGAUGGUAACUACCAGGGUUGUCCGCCGACGAGUGAUUAUUCAGGGAGAUGAUAUGCCUGACAUACCCCCGGAAACAGUCACAGAAGAAGAAUACAUUGAUGAGCAGGGACACACUGUGGUCAAGAAGGUCACUAGGAAAAUCAUUAGGCGGUACGUAUCCUCUGAUGGCACAGAGAAAGAGGAGGUUACAAUGCGGGGAACGGCCCAGGGACCCAUCAGCAUUGAGGAAGGAGAUGGCUAUUCCAAAGUCAUGAAGCGCAUUGUAUUAAAGAGUGACACCGAACAGUCAGAGGUAACUUGGUCUGAGCCCAGCAUUUUGUCCAGUACCUCACAAUUUCAGGCUGAACCAGUGGAAGGCCGUAGAGUCAGCAAAGUUGUUAAAACAACUAUGGUACAUGGAGAGAGGAUGGAGAAACAUCUGGGUGAUUCUAGUUUAGCCACUGAUCUUCCUUCAGCCAAAGAUGACUUUGAAGAGGCUUUGAGUUAUACAGGUAGCCACAUGAAAGUGCACUUCCCCAGUUUAGUAGAGAAUGAAAUCCUGAAAGAGGAUGGAUCAAUAAUUAAAAGGACAACAAUGAGUAAAGCCAGUACACAGAAGAGGGCUGUGGUGAAGGACCAGCAUGGAAAACGCAUUUACUUGGAGCACCUGGAGGAUGUACCAGAAGCACUAGACCAAGAUGACCUCCAGCGCGACCUCCAGCAACUCCUUCGGCAUUUCUGCAAGGAGGACUCAAAGCAAGAGGCCAAAUGAGGGGCUGCCCAGUCCUCACACCAGAAACCACACAUUCACUCAAUAUGCAACUUCCCGUUUCAUUAGCAGAGUGACCUACCCGGCCUAAUGGGAUACCCUGACACUUCCACUUUUAGCAAAUACACACUGCAUUCUGUUUCAGUUUUUCCCCCCGUCCUCUUUAACUGUAAGCUAAUUUGUGACCAAAGAUAGCAUCCUUCCGUCUGGAUGCUGUAUCCACUACUUUGUUGUGUCUGUGCUAAAUUGAGAACUGGCCACCUCCAUCGUUCUUUGCUCCUGAACAAACUCCAUGAACAUCCAUCGAUCAGAAGAACUUCACCUACAGACCUCUUCAAGUGAUGAUACCUAGGAGUCCUCCCGAGGGAUAUCCUUGUACCAUGUAUAUAGCUCAAAUGCUCAGAUGAACAACAUAUUAAAAUUAAAACCACUGCCUAUCAUAACUACACUGGGCAUCAUGGAAUAAAAGGCCUCUAGAAAUUGCUGAACAAUGGUUAAUUAAGAUAUUGCUAACACAAUCGAAUGAUAAUACAGUUCUACCGCAAAAGAAGCACUUCAGACCUACCGUGUCCUUAGAACUUCCAGAGUAGCCAUUGCUCCUAGUUAAAGAUGGGUUAAUAACCUCAAGGAACUCUCCUAACUAAGCACUUAAUGCUGGUGCUGGCCAGCCUUGAUUUAUGAUUCUCCAACAGCCACACGAGGGAGGGGAGAAGGGGGGAGCAGAAGGCAAAAGGAACAAAACAAUGAGGUAUUCAGCUGCUAGCAGCCACAUCCUGUGGCAUUCUAGCAUCUUCAGGUCUUUUAGAUUUUGGACACAUUGGCAGGGUAUUUUAAAAGCUAUAACUACUGUAGUUUUCCAGUUUUCAUUGCUGCUUUAGCAAACCACGCUGUCUUAUUGGUGGUACUUUCUUCUGGCCACUGCACUGUAGAUAAUUCAUUGGAAACAAGAUUUACCCACUACGCAAAAGGUUAGACUCCUUCACCAUGUUGGAGUGGUUCUCCCCCGCCCCGGGUUUAUAUCUUCUCUAAUACCUGCAUGUAGCAUUUAAAAAUCAAAACCACAGUCAAAACUCCUCUUCUAAUCACACUGAUGGUUUUCAUUCUUUUGACCCUGAGCAAGCACUUUUCACUUUCCGCUAGGUCUGUUUUUUAGCUUGCAGACAAGGUUGAGAAAUCCUUACAAAUUUGGUUUUGGUUAAAAUUUUUGAUUUAUUUAUUUGAAAUCCAAACUCCCUUGGAAACUCUUAAGUGCAUUUGUGCACUUUUUUGUUUGUUUCAGAGAAGGAACUUUAAUCAUCUGAGUGAUUUCCAUGUCCUAUUCCUUAUUCCUCUAGUGGUUGAAGCUGUGUAGCAUUUUAACAUAUAUAUAUAUUCACAAAUAUAUUCAUAUAAACAAUAUACAUUUCGAAUCAGUUAUUUGUUAAAGAAAAGUAUAUUCAAUGAAGAUGAAAUUUAAAAAAAAAAAAGUCUAUCCUCCAGGGAUUGAACAUUUUCCAAUUCUAUCUGGUCUUUUCCUGUUGUGCAAAAAUGACUCAUUGCUCCGAAUGUCAAAAACAAAUGUGACAAACAAUGGCACUUCAUCGUUUCAAGCAAUGUUGCCAAGGGAGAAAAUUUCCUGGGAGGGAGGUUUCCCACAAGCCAAAUCUCUUAAAGCCUCAAAUGCUAGCACUUUCCGGCAGUUGGAUAGGAAAUCAAACUUUCUUUGGCAGCCAAAAUGAGAGAGGCUCAUGGUGAAACUUUUUGAGACACACCAUGGCCUUCUUGUCAAAACCUUCACUGGAGCUCAAGAAAAGCAUUUCUGUUGUGUUAUUUGCAAUGCAGAUGAUGUCUGUGUAACAACAUAAUGGUUAUUCACCUUUUUUUGAUUUUUGAUUUUUGCUGUGUAAUCAAAAAACUUGAAUACUGUGAGAAGAAGUGAAUUUUCAGUUGAUGAAUCAGCAUCUUGUUCCCAUGGUGAUAACACUAAUUGAAUAUAUCUAUGAGGGCAUGUAUUAGUUAAUGGAAAAAAAAAAUACAACACUAACAAUACAUAGCUGCAAUGUGUACAAUGGCUGAUUUAAUUAAAUAAAAUGUACAAGUGUUAAAUGUG